GUACUUGCAACCCUAGAGGGAAACAAAACAAAUACUAACACUUCAACAAUAAAUGUUAAAUGUCAAAAUAAAUGGAUUUUCGAUAUGAAACCGUAUCAAAAAAGUGCAGUAACAGAGUUCGGACUUGUAUGCGAUCUGUCGUGGAAGGCGCCUCUAGUGAUAUCCAUAUUCCAAAUCGGAAAACUUCUUGGUGGAUUCAGCAGCGCCUUUGGGGACAGGUUUGGUCGCAAAACCCUUUUCGUCUUUUCAUGUGUGUUACAAACACUAGGAACUGCCAUUGCAGCGAUUUCUUGGAACUACGAUAUUUACAUCAUUUUUGCGUUCAUCGUAGGAAUUGCAAUGAAUAUAAAUUACUGCAUUUGUUUUGUUAUAGCCUCUGAAACCAUCGGUGUAAAAAAGCGGAACUUCGUGGCUGUAGGAUCGUUUAUAGCCUCAUCAGUAGCCUACAUCGCAGUACCUGGAUUAGCAUACUUCCUGCGAGACUAGAAAAAAUUUCUUUGGGCAGUAACAGGAUUUACUGCGGUGUGU